AUCUCCUGGCGGACAAGGAGUCCAACUUUUUGCUUCCAUUUGCAGAACUUUGCCGUGAAGCUUCCAGCCAUCAGACAGCGGAGCUUAGCAGGGAUCCGGAGCAGCGUUUGUUUCAGCGGGUCUCCCCGAACAGAGGCCGAGCGGAGCCGGAACCGCCCCCCUACCUGUCAGUCACCGUCACAGACCGGGGAGCUGCACAAUCCGCGCGCGACUUUCAGCCCUCGAGCGCGUCUCCCCGUCUUUCUCCCACGCGCGCAACUUAAAGCCAGCCUCAGCACCGCGAAGAUGUCCGAGUUCUUCAGCCUGUCCGACUGCGACGUCAUCGGCUUUGAUCUGGACCACACGCUGUGCCGCUACCGUCUGAAGGAGACGUCCAGGCUUAUCUAUGAGAGCUUCGCCCGCUAUCUGGUGGAGCAUAAGGGAUACGACCGAGACCUCCUGAACCUGACUCCUGCUACCUGGGACUUCUGUUUUAAAGGAUUAGUGGUGGAUCUCGAGGACGGAAACAUUGUGAAAUUGGCUGAAGAUGGAACUGUACUACGAGCAACACAUGGAACCAACAACCUCAGCACAGAGGAAAUCAUCAAACAUUACGGGCCACAACGGGAGUGGAAGCACUUCGACAGCUUAAAUACCUCCUUCACAAGAUCAGCUAAAUACUACUUCUAUGACAAUUACUUUGAUCUGCCGGGGGCUCUGCUCUGUGGAAAAGUUGUGGACAUGUUGCACAAGCGUGGAAACGAGGUGAACUCUGACUUUUGGAAAGACAUGGUGGCUGCCAUCGACCAUAACUACAAUACUUCAGCAUUUAAAGAGGAUGCAGGGACUUAUUUCCCCAGCAUUAAGAAGGAUCCUGGCCGUUACCUGCAGCCCUGCUCAGACUCUGUGAAGACCUGGCUGCGCACCAUGAAAACCGCCGGGAAGGUCCUCCUCCUUAUCACCAGCUCCCACAGUGACUACUGCAGGCUGGUCUGCGAAUACAUCCUGGGGAAGGAUUUUGAGGAGCUGUUUGACGUCAUCAUUACCAACGCCUUGAAGCCUGGGUUUUUCUCCUUGGUCCCCCAGCAGAGGCCCUUUAGGACCCUCGUGAAUGAUGUGGAAGAAGCAGAGGGCCUUCCAUCGCUGGACAAGCCGGGCUGGUACUCCCAGGGCAACUGGCCACACCUCCGUGAGCUGCUCAAGACCAUGACAGGAAAAUCAGAGCCAAAGGUAGCGUAUUUUGGAGACAGCAUGAGGUCGGACGUAUUCCCCGGCAACACCUUUGGGAAGUGGGAGACUGUGAUGAUAGUGGAGGAAAUGGAGGGGGAGGGCGUUCCGAAGAGCGACGCAGCAAAGUCCAACGAGGCCCAAGUGGAGCCGCAGGAGAAAAGGGGAAAGUUUGAGGAGCAGGGCAUGAAGUCCCCCUCUGCCGUGUCCGACCAGUGGGGCUCCUACUUUGUUGACGUGCACAGAAGUGGAGGGGGAGACGAGGAGCACCAGAAACUGACCUGGUGCUGUCACUGCAUCCACACAUACAGCACGAUGGCCAUCCCCAGUGUGGAGCACAUAGCUGGUCUUCCUCUGGAUUACAAGUUCCCCAGGUUUUCCCCAGAGAAGCCCUGCACAAUCGGCUACUACCCCAGGCCUCCAGAUUCCGUGCUGAAGAGUUGUGAGGAUCUUUCGUGAAAAAGAAAAAAGAAAACACAGGAUAAAU